AUGUAUAAGGAAUUUAUGGCAGAAUACGAGUCACUGAAUCACAUGACUGAGUGCAAAGAGUCUAAAUUAGAGCAGAAGGCAUACUACAUACCUCAUCAUGGAAUUUUAAGGGAGAGUACGACUACACGAUUGAGAGUAGUUUUCAAUGCUAGCGCUCCCACUAGCUCUGGGGUAUCCCUGAAUAAUAUUCAGAUGGUAGGGCCUACUGUACAGGACGACCUUUUGUCUAUACUGCUUCGAUUCAGGCAACACAAGUACAUUAUUUCAGGGGAUGUAGAGAAAAUGUAUAGGCAAAUAGUAGUUCAUCCUGAUGACAGGUAUUUGCAGCGGAUUCUGUGGCGGGAUGAUCCAUCUAGACCUUUGAAGAUCUUUGAGUUGAACACGGUUACAUACGGGACUGCCAGUGCACCCUUUUUGGCAACACGGUGUUUGAAACAGCUAGGUCUUGAGUGUGAGGAUGAGGUCGUUCGCGAGAUCAUCAUUCACGACUUUUACGUCGAUGAUCUGCUCACUGGCGGGGAUGAUUUGCAACAAGUGCUUUCCAUUAAAACUAAGGUUACUUCUACUCUAGCAUCAGCGGGUAUGAAUUUGAGAAAGUGGAAAUCAAAUGAACCCCAACUUAUAGUUGACUCCGAUUCGUCUCAAUUAAAUUUAAAUAUUGGCACCGAACCCAGUAAAACCUUGGGACUCAGCUGGCAGCCAGGGUCUGAUGAAUUGUGCUUCCCAGUUGGUAAAUGCUCGCUUGUCGGCGACACUAAACGGGAUUUGCUAUCAGCAGUGGCGCAAAUAUUCGACCCCACUGGUAUGCUGGCUCCUUGUGUCAUUCUCAUGAAGAUGUUGUUGCAAAAUUUAUGGCUACAGAAACUUUCAUGGGAUCAAAAGUUAACUCCUGAGAUCAGCAAGCUUUGGGAGGAUAUUGCCCACGACUUACCUUGUCUCAAUGAUAUUCGCGUUCCACGGUGCUACCCUUCCAGCUUCCAGCGCAAGGGCAUGAUGGCCGAGAUACUGAAAUAA